AAUACCCUUUUAGUUCGGACGUUUUUGAGCACGGAUAUUUAAUUACCUACUGUGUAUUGCGGAUUCGAAGUUUUCAGUGUUCAUUUCUUAUUGCGUCUGUGGUUACGUUUUAAUUACUGGUCUGUGUUUUAGGGUCUUUAAAGUUCUGUGCUAGUCUGUGGUGCUGCAGCUUUCGUAGAUUAUUUGAGUAUUUUGGAGUAGGUACUCAUUUAAUUAAUAAAUUAUAAAGUGAUUUAUAUGUAGUCGCAGUUCAGAGUAUUGUAAUCAUGGUUCAGAGUAUUGUUUAGACUUACCCGUCUUAACUGCAAAAGCCGUCUAGCGGGUCAUACCUCAUAUUUAAUACAUGUUUACCUGAUCAUACCGUUCAGUCGGUAACCAUAAGUUAAGUUUUAUUUUCGUAUAUCAUAAAUAAAAUACAUUGUUUAUAAUGCUUGGCUAUGCAAACGCAGGAAUUCCAGAUAAAUCAUGGCAACCACCAACUGCUGUAUUAGAAACUACGAUGGGCACCAUAGUUGUUGAAAUGUAUUGGAAACAUACACCAAUGACAUGCAGAAAUUUCAUGGAACUUGUUAGAAGAAAUUACUAUAACAAUACAAAAUUUCAUAGAGUCAUUAGAGAUUUCAUGAUUCAAGGUGGUGAUCAUACUGGAACAGGGAAAGGUGGCCAAUCAAUAUAUGGGCCACAGUUUGAUGAUGAGAUUACAUCAGAUUUAAAGCAUACAGGAGCAGGUAUACUUUCUAUGGCAAAUGCAGGCCCUAAUACAAAUGGCUCACAAUUUUUCAUAACCUUGGCACCUACACAGUGGUUGGAUGGCAAACACACUAUAUUCGGAAGAGUUCAAAAUGGAAUGACGGUUGUGAAAAGAAUAGGUUUAGUGGAAAGUGAUAAAAAUGACUGUCCUGUUGAUGAUGUGAGGAUUGAAAGGGCUUAUAUACCUAAAUAAAUACACAAAUAUGCAAUAAAAUUGAUAUUUUUUAAAUUUC